AGCCAUCUUUUUUUUCAAUACAAUCAAAAAUUUUCUGCUGGGUGGCUGGGCGUGUCUUUCGAGUGCUGGAAAUCUAAAAUUUUCAGCGACGCAAUUGCAAGUGUUUAAAAAAAAAAAGUAGAAGCAUUAAGUAUUUACAAGCCGGAAUAAAGCCACUAACACACAUCGCCAAAAUGCCACGAUACCGGGAAUGGGACCUGGCCUGCAAAGUCUACGUGGGAAACCUGGGCUCAUCUGCCUCCAAAUACGAGAUUGAGAACGCUUUCAGCAAGUAUGGACCCUUGCGCAACGUUUGGGUGGCCCGCAACCCGCCAGGCUUUGCAUUUGUGGAGUUUGAGGACCGUCGUGAUGCAGAGGACGCAACCCGUGGCCUGGACGGAACCCGCUGCUGUGGCACACGCAUUCGCGUGGAAAUGUCUUCUGGUCGGUCACGCGAAGGACGAGGCGGUGGCGGCGGCGGUGGUGGUGGCGGCGGAGGAGGUGGCGGUGGACCGCGUCGUGGCGCCCGAAGCGGCAGUGGGGGCGGCGGCGGCGGUGGUGCCCGUGCUGGGGACGGCGGUGGACGAUAUAGAUCAAGGUCCCCAAGAAGGUCGAGGACACGCAGUCGCAGCUUCUCAAGGGAUCGUCGCAGCCGUUCCGACUCCCGGGAUCGGCACUAGGAGGCGAGGGGAUACCGUUGCAGCAGAUUAAACCUAUACAUAUAUAUAUAAAUAUAUAUAUAUAUACACACAUACAUAUAUAUAUAUAUAUAUACACUUACACAGGCUCACCACACCACCUUCCCCUUUUAAAAAUAAAAUAGAAACACCCCCACAGUCACAUAGAGAUAGUAGAGCGCGCUACAGUUGUGGCCGCAAAGUUAUUGAUUCACCAGACAGCAGCAGACAGCAGCUACGAAAUUCCUUUAAUCAUGGAGUAAAAGCCAUCCCUAUGUGGAUGUAAGUUUAAAAUAAUUGUAAAUUUUAUCAGUUUAUUGGAUGCCCCCCUAGGGGCGGAUUAAGUAGAGUUUGAUCGUAACAGUAAGACCCACAACGUAAUUUCCUCCUUCCCGAACCCUACGCGCAUCAUGGCCAAUUGGUAAGGAGGGAAGCGGUACAGUACGGUACACAUUGGUAUAUAGGAGCUGAGCACAUGUUAGAUUCUAACCGUCAGAUCAGGUCAGCAUGCAACAGCAACAAACAACAACAACAGAAACAGCACACGGAAGAACAACAAUGAACAGAACAAAAGGUAAAUGCGAUUUAACAUUCAUGGACGCAUUUUAUUGUUAUUUUUUUGUUGUGUUGUUUAUUUCAAAAUCUGUCGUAACACAAAAUGUCUACAAAAAAAUAAAAAUACAAAAAAAUACUGAAAA